CACCGACCCGGCCCCGCCGCUGCCGGGCCCCGGACCCGCUCCCCGGCUGUUCCCGCCGCCGCUGCCGCCAUGUCUGCGGGCUUCUCCUUCGGCACGGGCACCCUGGGUUCCGCGGCGGCCGCCGGCGCGGGAGGAGCAGGAGGAACCGGCGGGGGCUUUUCCUUCGGAUCCGCCACGCCGAGCUCAACGGGAGGACUUAAUUUUGGAACUCUGGGCUCUUCCACUGCUACAGCAACUACAUCGACUCCUUCAGUGGGCUUUGGGAGUGGACUUUUUGGAUCAAAAUCAACCACUGGCUUUACACUAGGAAGCACCAGUACAGCAGGAACAGCAACAACUGUUGCUACAGGACUGACACUAGGCACGCCUGCCACCACAUCAGCAGCUACUACAGGCUUUAGUUUAGGUUUCAACAAACCUGCAGGUUCAGCCACACCAUUUGCUUUACCUGUUACUUCUACCUCAGUGGGUGGCCUGGCAUUAUCAUCUGCUCUUACAUCAACUCCUGCAGCAGGAACUACUGGCUUUACAUUAAAUUUGGGUGGCACAACUGCUCCAACUACAACUGCUUCCACAGGCCUUUCCUUAGGAGGAGCCUUAGCAGGUUUAGGAGGUUCACUCUUCCAGAAUACAAGCACAGCAGGAACAGGACUUGGGCAGAAUGCUUUGGGUUUGACUCUGGGCACAACUGCGGCUCCUUCAACUACUGCCAAUGAAGGUCUUGGUGGCAUUGAUUUUAGUAGUUCUUCAGACAAAAAGAGUGACAAAACAGGAACAAGACCAGAAGAUAGCAAAGCACUGAAGGAUGAAAAUCUACCUCCAGUAAUCUGUCAAGAUGUAGAAAAUCUACAGAAAUUUGUGAAAGAACAAAAACAAGUUCAGGAAGAAAUUAGUAGAAUGUCCUCUAAAGCAAUGCUCAAAGUACAAGAAGACAUUAAAGCUUUGAAACAGCUUCUGUCUGUAGUUGCCAGUGGAUUACAGAGAAACACUCUUAAUAUUGACAAGCUGAAAGUUGAAACUGCACAGGAGCUAAAGAAUGCAGAAAUAGCAUUACGAACUCAGAAAACUCCUCCUGGUCUUCAGCACGAAAAUACAGCCCCAGCAGACUACUUCAGAAUAUUGGUUGAACAGUUUGAAGUACAGCUGCAACAAUACAGGCAACAAAUAGAAGAACUGGAAAAUCAUCUUGCUACUCAAGCAAAUAAUUCACACAUAACUCCACAAGAUUUGUCUAUGGCUAUGCAGAAAAUCUAUCAAACAUUUGUAGCUUUAGCUGCACAACUUCAAUCAAUCCAUGAAAAUGUAAAGAUGCUCAAAGACCAAUACCUUGGCUACAGGAAAAGCUUUCUGGGAGAUGCCAUGGAUGUGUUUGAGGCAAGACGAACAGAAGCUAAGAAGUGGCAAAGCGCGCCACGUGUUACCACUGGACCGACCCCUUUCAGCAACAUACCAAAUGCAGCAGCCGUUGCGAUGGCUGCAACACUUACUCAGCAGCAACAGCCUGCUACAGGUCUGAGUGCAUUCAAGUUAUAGAUUAUUAGCGUUACCACCAUAGUAAAUUUGUGUAAAAUUUUCUAUGAAGUCUUCCUGUGUGUUAGACUAAAAAUCUAAACGUUGUGAUAAGCAAAGUUACUGAUACAAAGCCAAUAGAAAAAUGCAGGGUAGGCUUAGCAAUAAUUAUACAACAGAUACUUAAUCUUGUGAAUUUACUUGUAUUAGUGAUAUUUACUGUAUUGUUCUAACUUACCCCUUGGAAUGUGAGUCUUCACUCUUAAGUAACAUCUCUGAAUAGACAUAGAAUAGCCUCUUUCCAGAAACUGUAUUGUUAUAGUAAGUUAUUUUAAAUUGGUGAGAAGAGAAUAUCUAAAUGCUAUCUUUUUCUUAUGUAAAAUUAACAAUGCAUUUUUAUAUAGCACUUUGGAACUGUAAAAUAAAAAAUGCUGCAGAACAGGAAGGAUAGUGCAGCAAACCUCUGUAGAAUAGGAAGUCAGAUGCCUGGCUUAUUUUGUAGCCAACUCCUUUGUCAGUGUGGUGUUGGAGCAGUUUUUGCUGGCCAUUCUGCUGUUGUGAAUAAGUAGUAGAGGAAGUAGAGUGGGUCAGUGGUUCCACUUGUGUGUAAGAGGAAGGCCAAAACAGAGGAAAUGUAUGACCCACUGCUAAUGAAGAAUGGAUAUGUAUGGCAAAGGAAAUAACUUAAGGCACCUUAAUUGACAUUGUUAUACUAACCAACCCUCUCUGAGAGGGUUUCCAGAAUGUAGAGAACUGGCUUAAUAUGUAAUCAUUGAACAGAAAUGAGAUAAAUUCCAUUUAAUUUUACUUCAACAUGGAUAUGUGUCUAUGUCAGCAAAUUACGAAAAGCAUUCAUUCUACCAUUUAUUUUCUAAAAUGCUUAUCAUAUGUGUACUGAAAAUCAUAUUACUCCUUCUCUUGUCUUAUAACGGCAGUUACAUUCUGAAUGAUUCUAGUUAGAGACUUAUGCAGCAAUCACCUUAAGUUUGACAAAUUAUUAGACUGUCCUUGCCUUUUCCUUAAGAGGAAAAUAUGAUGUGCUUCCAACCCUGGCCCUUCUAAACAGCAAGGAGAUGGGUUUACAUAACAAAUAUGCCAAAAUAUUUUGAACACAACAAAAUACCAAGUCUUUAUGAAAUACUUCUCUUCUACAUUUCAAUUGCAGGCCACAGUCUUUUCGUUGCUACUGUGUUAAUCCAUGGAAAUUUUGUUGAAGUCUAAAAAAAUGUAUGGUUUUAAAUAGAAAAAAUGGCAUAAUGUCACACUUCAGGGUUUUAAUACAGAUAGGACUGUGGCUUAUGCAGUUUAAUGUUGCCAAAGUAGUUCACCAUUUUCUCCAUCCUUUUCCUUGUCUUAUAUUUGGCUUUUUAAAAUCCUGUUCACAGUCAUUACAGGAUUAGUUGUUUAUGAAAGACAUAGAUAUCACAUUUAAAAGUCAUUCCUGCAUUUUCAUGAAUUGAGGUAAGGGAUUUGAAGUAUCUGGACUUCCUAGUCCAAAUUCAAGGGAGCUGCUGAUAACUUCAGUAAACUUAUGACACAACUUCGUGAAUAUUCUCUUAGGAAUAGGAGUGAAGAGAGGAGAAAAAAAAAAGGAAGAAAAAAGGCAGAAUUGACCUGUACUGACAGAACUGAGGUGACUAUACUAAAACAUUUUAUAGUGAAAGGAGCAAAUUCAGAGUGUAUGUAGGUUGGUUUGGGUUUUUUUCUUUUUCUUUUUUUUUUUUUGGGUUGUUGUUUUGAACUGAGUAUUUCAAAAGCCAAAAAUGUACCAACUACAAGAGUGCUGCAGAUAGAGCAAGGCCAUUAACUUACAUCAAACGUGCCAACAGAAGUAGAUGACAAUUUUUUUUUACUACAUUUUUAGUUGGAAUACUUUUACCAUCCAUGCAGCUCACUGGAAGACCUGGAGAAAUGGAGAUAGAUUGAUGCUUUAAGUGGUACUUCAAGAAUACUUAAAACUCUUAAAAAGUAGGGUUAGAGGAACAGAAAAGGUACUUUGAGUUCCCUCUAGUUCAAAAAUAGAAUGAGUCAGGCCUAAGCUAUUUCAGAGAUAUCCUGAAGUCCUAAAAGCAUGCUAGAUGGGAGCAUUUCUUAGCUUUCCUAAAUUACUGAUUUCAGUGCUUGACUUUCUCCCAGCUUCAGAUUAAGGCUGCCACUUUCUGUCUUACUCUUAGUGGAAAAGGAGGACAAUCUGUUCUUUCAGUUUUGCAGGAAUUUUAAUUUUCUCUCUUAUUUUUCUUUUCCUUUUUUGAGUUUUCAGAUGGCCAUUUGCUGCAGUAGAACUGCAAAUGCUUCAUGUUUUAACUUUAUAUUAUGUUAUGAAUUGGAUAAACUAUCUGCUAGAAGUUAAAAUUGUGAUACUUCUUAACAAGAUCUAGAUCCUGAAGGGUGGAGCAGAUGAGGGAUAGUAGAAGUUCUGAGAGAAAAGUAGAUAGUUCUGAGAGAAAAGGCUGUGAAAUGAGGUAUAUGUAAAGAAGGGGUAAGGGGUGUCUGUGUAAUACCUGACCUGCUGUUGCUGUUCUUGAAGAAAAGAAUAAAACAAACAAAUUAAUCUGGCCUUAAAAGUUUUUGACUAAAAUGUAAUACACGGUACUCUAGUAUUGAGAGAUCAGGAUGUUAGUCUUUUUUAAAAAAGUAUUUGAUGUUUACAUGGUUAAGUCUUUCAUAAGAUUGUUAGAGUUAGUUACUGUUCUUUCUCUGAAAAAGAUAAAUAACAAUUUCUUUUAAAUUUGCUUUCAGAAGUCUAAAGUUUAAUAGCUGUAUCUAAGCUGUGGGAUCAGGGAAUACCUGGGUGUAGAUAUGCACCCUGUGUUCUCUCUGUAUGCCAAGACAUGUCUGGCUUCCACUGAAAUAAAUAAAGCCAGUGGAUCCUGACCAUAUGGAAAAAAGGGAGCAAAGAUGCACUCCACUGGGCACCUGUGAUGGAUAAUCAGGACACCAGGACUGUGGUGUGCACAUUGAAGCACAGUUUUUGUGCAGUUUUUUGAACCUAGAGUUACUAAAAUUAUGCUUAACUUUGUCUGCAUACAACCUUUCUCCCUAGUUUAGCAUUUUUGGUCCAAGCACAGCUUUGUUGAUAGCAGUGAGGCUGGUCAUGCUUUUAUACCAUAGCAGCUACAGUUUUAAGCUCUUCCUCACCUGCACCUUCCCUGGGAAAUCUUGAACAGCAUGAAAGUUAAAGUGAUGGUGGCUAAUCUUCCUAUUAUUAUUGAUUGGAUUACAGUAAGAUUUUUAGAGGAAAUUAACACCUAGUGCACUGAGUCAUUAUGUAGCUCAGUUGGUUAGAGCAUGGUGCUAAUAAUGCCAAGGUUGUGGGUUCGAUCCCCAUAUGGGCCAUUCACUUAAGAGCUGGACUUGAGGAUCCUUGUGGGUUCCUACCAACUCCAAGCAUUCUGUGAUAUAAAUCCAUGAGACCUGUAAAUGCAUGAGGUUGAAACUGAUCUUGUACAAGACUAAAUUGUUUGAAAGAAAGUCUUUUCUUCAAGCUCGCCUUUUCUGCUCUAAAAAUACAGUAUCCCCCAACAACUUAGUUACUCUCUCCUUAACUGGUGAAGUACAGAGUUAGUAAGGACUUGAUUAAGCUGUUAGCACACUUUGUUAUGUUUUGACUUGAUUCAUAUGAGAGUCAAGUGCUAAUGGGAAAGGACACUGAAAUCCUUAUAGCACUUAAAAAUUUUAUUGUGUAGUUUCAUACUAACCUUGGUUAAAAUUAACCAGUGUAUUACUUUGUCAGAAUCAGGUCUAAGUUGUGACACUAAAUUUGCUCACUCUUUGGACCAACUGUGAUUUAAAAAUUGCAGAAUGUCACUAGGAAAUCUGACUGACCUGUCUAGACUCCCUGUAAUGGGUCCUAUCCGUUAAACUGAAAUGCUCUACAGGGCAAAAUAUAUCAAGUUUGAAAAUGUUAAAAUACUUGUUUCAAAGAUUUUCUCUCGUACCUAUAAUAACCAGAAGUGCCAUUUAUUUUUUUUUUUUUUGCUAGUGCUUUUGGCAUCAAAGAAUCUUACUAGUUUUUUGCUGUUGAAAAUUAUGAUAAUUUACAAGAACUAUAAGUAGUGAUGAUACCUUCAGAACAUUAUGGUACAAAAUCAAUAAAUAUCAUAUGCUGUUGCUCAGUGAAAAGCUUGCUAGCCUAAGGAAUAAGAUCCUGUUUUAUAUGAUCUGAGGUGUUUUAGUAUAAUGUUUUUACUGGGUCUAAAAAGCAUGUUGCAUUUGGUAAAAAGCUUGGCCUGGAGGACUGUAGUGAUUUGUGUAAAAGGUCUUCCACUAACAGUGCCUCCUACUGAGAUAGAAACCUGUGUACUUGAGAAGGAACUGGAUAUGUGUUUUUGGAUUCUUUUAGUUUUAUUAGAUUACUGACUUGUGUAGGGGGGGUUGUUUUUUUGUUAACAAUUUUUUUCUUAUUUUUAAAGAGCUGCUAGGUAGACGUAUCAGUAUUUAAACUGGAUGUAAACGACUUUAGUCUGAAAUCUAUGUGAAAUUUUGUAAUUGCAACAUCUGGUAUACUUUUUUUAAGUUGAAAAAAAUAGCUUGGGUUUCCCAACUAUUCCCUGCUAAGCAGAGACUGAAAGCUAACAACUUUAGUUGCCCUUAAAAUUUAGUUUUAACACUACUUGGAGUAUAUGGAUGUUAUUCAGCUGGGAUCAAAUAAGAAUUUUUGUGUUCCUAGCAAAAAAAUGUUACUUUUCAAUAUACAGUGCCUUUCACUUGAUUCAAAAUGAUUUUCCAUUUAAAUAUUCAAAUACUGAAAUUAUUUUUAAAGCUUGAAAUAUUCACAUUUUAAAAUUCUGUGUAAAUACUACUAAUGGGAAACUUUGUAGUACAAAGGAAGAAAUUUUGAAUGAAUGUAGCCCAAGUGUGAUAAUGGUUUAGGAAAAAGGCUGAAAUCAUCUGAGCUUUAUAGUAAUAUUUGAAUAAAUCAUCACUUUCACAGAUACAGUAUGUAAAGUAUGUUCAAAGAUGAAGAAGGCUAUCUUGAGCAAGGUGUGGAUGUCUGUGGAUUAAGAGUUUGGCACUGUAUUUUAUCUUCAACGGUUAAACUUUUUAAAUAGUGCACUGAAAACUGUUUGAAAAAGACAGGAAUAUAAGAUUGUACUGUGAAAACUGUCAAAAUAUAUUAAUUAUUUAUCAGAAUUAAUUAUUUUAAAAUGUGUUAGUAAUGGGCUAGCUGGUUGACUGUUUAUUCCCCAAAUUUAAGGAGGAAAAAAAAAAAAAGGAACUGAGGCUGUAAAUUUCAUCUUGGCAGACUGAAAUUGUUUUUUGACAGUCCUGCAUCUUAUUGUGUAUAUGCAGGGAAAAUACUGUCAACGUUUUUAAAUUAUGGAACAAACUCUGAAAUUUUGAAUGUAUCUAAUUCAUUAAGGUACACAGAACUGUGCCUUUUGUAAAUGCUUAUUUAAACAAGUGGUUUGACUAGUUGACCUUAUUGAAUGGUGUUAUGUAGCAGAGCUUAACAGAACUCAGUUAUCACUUGUGUGGAAAAAAAAUGAAUUGUCAUGUUACUGUGUACUUGACUUGCUUAAAAAUGAACAAUAAAUUUAAUAAAAUAAA